AUGGGUGAAGGGCGUCGGUGUUGUCCGCUAGCCAGCUAGCUCGGUAGUAACAUGUUGAGCUGGGUCAGUGUGUCUGUGUGUGUGUCGUGUAGUAAAUGGCAGGCACAUGACCGUCGGCGCGACGCCCGCUGUAAACACGGCAGUCAGACCUGACAUGGGAGCCCUGCCGGCACACAAGCAUUUCCAGCUAGCGUUAGCGGGCGUGUCGCGGGGCUGUGUGGCCGGCGGCCGGUUGUUUGGGGCUUCUCUAAAAACGUGCGUCCGGCUCCGCUUGUGGAAGUUAACGUUUAACGGUCGCUGUGACAGCAGCUGACAUGUGUUUCUACGCGGCAGCCCGCAGGCCUCAUUCAACAGCUGCCGGCGGAACCGCGUCCGAUUCCGAGCUGAAAGCGAGAACAUAUCGAGAUACGAUGAAUGGAUCAAACCGCUCCGGUUUAGCCGCAGAGAUCCGAAGCUUUGGAUGGUGGUGAUCAGCACUGGUUAGUCGGUCCAGAUGUCGGAGGACCAGUGCCACCCGGGGGCCGAAGCCUCCCAGCGAGGGGAGGGCGGUCUGGAGGCAGGAGAGGGCGACACCGAACCCAGCAUGCUGCUCCAGAAACUCAAAAGCAACAUCUCUAAGAAUGUUCAGACCAAAGUGGAUCAGAUCCUGCAAGACGUCCAGCGUUUCUCAGACAAUGACAAGCUGUACCUGUACCUCCAGCUCCCCUCUGGACCCAGUUCUGGGGACAAAAGCGACUCCAGUUCCUUCAACACAGCCGACCAGCUUCACACUUGCAACUGGAUCCGCAGUCACCUGGAGGAGCAUUCAGACACCUGCCUGCCCAAACAGGACGUCUAUGAGACUUACAAGAGAUACUGCGAGAACCUGCAGCAUCGUCCCCUGAGCGCCGCCAAUUUUGGGAAGAUUAUUAGAGACAUUUUCCCCAACAUCAAAGCCAGACGGCUAGGGGGCAGAGGACAGUCCAAAUAUCCUUUCCCUUCAGGAGAGGCAAACAGACCGAUUGAUCUGCUACAAUCAGACUGUGAGGACUGCCGGUUGAACUCCUUAACCUGCUGGGCUGAUACGUACUGUUACAGCGGCAUCAGGAGGAAGACGGUUCUCAACAUGCCGCUGCUGCCCAACCUGGACCUGAAGAACGACCCGGUCGGAGUGGAAGCUGAUUUUGCUCCCUUCUGUUGGACUGUGAAGUAUGUCAACGUGUUUCGAAGUGUGCAGCCACAGUCGGAGCUCACAGAGCUGGUCCAGACCUACAAACAGGAGGUGACCGAGGCAGCGUGUGAGCUGAUCUGCGACUGGGCGCAGAAGAUCCUGAAGCGCUCCUUCGACACGGUGGUGGAGAUCGCUCGCUACCUGAUCCAGGAGCACAUUGUGAACCCCCGCUGCAGCCAGGCGGAGCUGGUGACCUCCGCGGCGCUCGCAGGAGGCCCGGCUAAAACCCACAAAGUCAUUAAGAAGGCUCCUGUGAUCUCUAAAGCUGACGGCGACGGAGCUGCGGAUUCGAAGAAGGAAUCAGGUGACCCCUCCUUAAUGAAGCUCAUACCUGGAGACAAAUCAGCUUCAGGAACCAAACCCUCUUCAGCAGACGCCCCUCCCCCUCCUUCCUCCACCUCUUCCUCGUCUCUGCGUCCAGCGAUGCAGGCGCUCAUGAAGCAGUUGCCCAGAAUCCUCCCGCGCAGCUCCAUCCCCGAUAAGACGCUCUCCGUCCGCUCCUCUCCACCCUCGCUGGCUCCCAAAGACGCAUCGGGUGUCGGGGGCGCGUCCGGUCACGGAGGCCCCGCCGCCGCUGCUGCCGCCGCCGCCGCCGCCAGCAGCGGCGGGGUGAAGGUGAUCGCCAUGGCGGCGCUGCCGCAGCAGCAGGGCGUCCCGCUCAUGAUCCUGCCUCAGGGCUGCCUGUCCUACGACAGGGACAAGAUUGUCCCGCCGCCCCCCCUCCCUGCCCAGCAGCCGCACGCCACGGCCGCCCCCACGUCGGUGGUCCAGAAAGUCCGCGGGCCCGCCCCCAAGCGGCCCCCGGAGGGCGCGUGCUCCGGCGGCGGGGCGCUCGGCGUGCCCGGCGGCUCGGCUGCCAACGCCCCCCUGGUGAAGCGGAAACGGGGCCGACCGAGAAAACCCCGACCGGAGGACUCCCUCCCGUCUCCUCCCCAGCCUCCCCCUCCGCCGCCCCCCUCGCAGCCGCCCGUCAUCACCUCCCUGACCGGCGGCGUCAUCCAGAAGGCCUCCUCCUCUCUGGCGUCCUCCUCGCAGCCCGUGCUGGAGCUGGUGAUCCAGGACCAGCCGGGGCUGGUCCUGAGCCAGCUGCCCACCAUUUCGGACACGGUCCACCAGCUGGUGGAGCACCGCGGCGUGGUGGUGCAGUGCCCCCCCGCCGGCGCCGCCGACCCCGACCGCCAGAGCCGGCCGCUGCUGCUCUUCCAGAGCGCCGGCGGCCCCGGCUUGGAGCUGGCGCCGGCGGGACGGACCCCCAAGGUGGAGGUGAUCCAGAAAGCUCCGCGGCCGAACAACAACAACAGCAGCCCCGCGGCCCUUCCCGCCGCGUACCCCCCGCCACCGCCCCCGCUCCCCCUCCCCCUGCCCAAGAUGCACGAGGAGCAGGGCGAGGUGGAGAUAACACUGACGCCGGUGGAGAUUGACGUCAGCCUGUCGCCUCCAUCCACCUCCGCUCCCUCCGCCUGCUCACCCCCGGCCUCCCCCAGCAUAGAUGUAAAGCUGGAGGAGGAAGGAAUGGAGAUCAGCCCCUCGGACAGAGGAGAUUAG